AACAAAUGGGAAGCAACAAGUUUCUGCAAGUGUGUUUGUUUCGGAGCUAACUACUCGAUUCUACACAUGGACAUCCCGGAUGAUCCGUCCAAACCAUGCUUGUCAUGCACGAAGCAGUGGUGUCUGAACCAGAACCUACCUGUCUGUGCCGGUGCUUCGCUCGGUGAUACAGAUCCCGAUACAGCGACAGGAAAGGAGGGAGAUGUUGAGGCUCGAUGUUUCCAGCGGGACUCCCCGAGGGAUCAGCUCGUAGUCACCCUAUUCUUAUUGACAGUGUUUGGUCUUCUGCUAGGCGCGGGCAUCAAGGGCAGAAUGCAGAAGGCAGGGAUAGACACUAGUUUAUCGUGGAGCACAGGUCGCAAGUGGUGGCAGGUG